AGAAGGAGAAAAAAACAAGGAAGGGAAAGUGCGUCACGUUGGAGUAGGAGGGUAGCAAAGAAAAAUGAGCUUAAACAAAUCGCAUGCAGAGGAAGAGGCUGCCAGGGUUCAGGCGCUUCUCAGCAGGGACUCAGCUCUUCCCGGCUGGCCACGAUGCAGGAAGCAGCUGGAGUUCUGAAGGAGGGCUUCCUCGUCAAACGGGGACAUAUUGUUCGUAACUGGAAAGUGAGAUGGUUCGUUCUGCUUCAGGAUAAGCUGCUCUAUUACAAAAUUGAAGGAGGCAAGAAGGAGCCUUCUCCAAAGGGCAGGAUUCUUUUGGAUGGCUGCACUAUUACUUGUCCAUGCCUGGAAUAUGAGAACAGACCGCUACUCAUCAAACUGACGACAAAAACCAACACAGACUAUUUCCUUGAAUGUUGCUCCAGGGAGGAGCGAGACUCUUGGGCUUUGGACAUCACUGGAGCUAUUCAUGCUGGUCACCCAGUACAGGUACAGGAGCUUCACAGAAUGAAGAACUCUUUCAAACUGCUAGAGAAUAUCAGCCUCCACCACAUAGUGGAGAGAAUGUGUGACAGUAGUACUGGAAUUAAGCUGACCCGCAACUUGGAGCAAGGCAACAGAUACAAAGAGACCUUCACAGGUUCUGCCCUGGUGGACUGGCUCAUCUCCAAUAGCUUUGCUGUGUCACGGUUCGAGGCUGUCACCUUGGCAUCCAUGCUGAUGGAGGAGAACUUCGUCAAGCCUGUGGGAGCCCGCAGCACUGAGGCCACGCGCUACAGCGACCUCUCUGAGCAGUUCCUCGAUGACUCCACUGCACUGUACAUGUUUGCUGAGAGCAGUAAGAAAAACAUCAGUUCCAAGGAAGGGCUACAAUUUAACAUCUCUGAAUUAAGUGGCACAAUUGUGAAACAAGGAUUCUUAGUGAAACAGGGGCACAAGAGGAAAAACUGGAAGGUGAGACGAUUUGUUUUAAGAGCUGAUCCUGCUUUUUUGCACUACUAUGACCCCACUAAGGAAGAAAACAGGCCAGUAGGUGGAUUUUCUCUUCGUGGCUGUCUUGUCUCAGCUCUGGAGGACAACGGAGUCCCAGCAGGAGUGAAGGGCAAUGUGCAAGGCAACCUCUUCAAAGUCAUCACCAAAAAUGACGUUCAUUAUUAUAUCCAGGCCAGCUCCAAGGCAGAGCGAGCACAGUGGAUCGAGGCAAUCAAACCACUGACAUGAGUAAGGUGGCCUCCAUGCCAAAUGACAAGUCACUUUUGUGACCACGUUUCCUGCUCCCAUUGUCUGGGAGUGUUGUUUUUCCCUUAGGUAGUCUAUUUUUGUUAUUUGUAUACCUAUAGCACCUAGCAAUUCCUGGCAGAACAGCAUCCUAGGUGCCUAGGAUUCAUGUAGAUCCAGAAUAACUCCCCACCAAGAACUUAUCUAACAUCUCUCAUCUAACCAAGGUGGAUACAGAAAAAUGGGGCCUUACAAGAAAACAAUGAGAUAUAAUAUUCCAAGAUGGAAGAAAAGAACUCUUUCGUACAAGUAUUCAGUCUAUAUCUGACAGAUCCAGGUUGUGCUUUAUUCUAAAGCAGAAAUGUCUUUCUCCCUUCCGCUUUAUGAAGGGGCUCAUAAAUUUAAUUAGUUAAGACUGACUGAAUUGAAGUCAUGAAAGGUCCUUGUGUCUGAAGCUGCCUUUCUUGGUAUACCACAAGAGUCUUGUGCUAAGCCACAGUCCAGCUGCCAGGAUAAUCACUAUUGCAAAACAAACCAGGGGUCUGUCUGUCCAUCCAUCUGCUCUACCAUUUGGUUCUCUCUUAGGCUGGAAAUGACCAAAGCCGCCUCCUCUCCAGUACAUAGGUUAUUCUUGUGCUGGUAAUGGCCUGUAGCAGUACAGGAUUCUGAGUAUCAAAUUGGACCAGUGGCAGUUAUUCUAGACAAUUGCUGGUGCUGAAUAUAUUGGAAGACAUUACUCAGGCAUAAAAGCAAGGCUUUUCCUCUUGACUAUCACCGUAAGUCCAUUUAUGUGGAGCACCAUUGGGACUGCGAACUCUAAUUGCAGUUCUGACUACUGCUUUUUCUAUUUUAAGCCAUUAAAUUUUCCAUUAUUUGCCUAGUAAACUUGACUUAGAUAUUUCUAAAUGUAAGAAAAAAGUUCAGUGCAGUUGAAUCUGCUGUGCUGUUUAGACAUGAUUUUUCUCAGAGGGCAGUGUGAGUAUAUCACAGAAUCACACAGGUUGGAAAGGACCUCAGGGAUCAUCUAGUCCAACCUCUCUAGGAAGAGCACAGUCUAGACACGAUGGCCCAGCACCCUGUCCAGAUGACUCUUGAAGGUGUCCAACGUGGCCAAGUCAACUACUUCCCUGGGGAGAUCAUUCCAAUGGUGACUGUCCUCACUGUGAACACUGUGAAAAAUUGCCCUCUGGUGUCCAAUCGGAAUCUCCCCAAGAGCAACUUGUGUCCAUUCCCCCUGUCCUCUCCAUGUGACUUCUUGUAGAAAGGGAGUCUCCGUCUUCUUUGUAGCUUCCCCUUAAAUACUGGUACAUGAUAAUGAGAUCCCCUCUAAGCCUCCUUUUCUCAAGGCUGAACAAGCCCAGUUCUCCCAGCCUAUCCUCGUAUGGCAGCUUCACAGUCCUCUGAUCAUCUUGGUGGCCCUUCUCUGGACCCAUUCCAGCCUGGCCACAUCCUUUUUGUAUAGAGGGGACCAGAACUGUACACAGGACUCCAGGUGUGGCCUGACCAGCGCUGAGUAGAGUGGGAUAAUGACUUCUUUCUCUCUGCUGGUGAUGCCCUUUUUGAUGCAACCCAGCAUCCUGUUGACCUUCUUGGCCGCAGCAGCCACUGUUCGCUCAUGUUGAGCUUCCUGCCCACCAGGACCCCCAGGUCCCUUCCCACAGAGCUGCUCUCCAGCCAGGUGCAUCCCAGUCUGUGCUGCACUCCCGCAUUAUGUUUUCCCAGGUGCGUGACCUUACACUUCUCCUUGUUGAACUUCAUAAGGUUCUUGCUGGCCCACUCUUCCAGCCUAUCCAGAUCUUCCUGCAGAGCAGCUCUCCCUUCUGGAGUGUCUGCUUCCCCGCUCAACUUGGUGUCACCUGCAAAUGUCAUCAGGCUACACUUGAUGUCGUUAUCCAGAUCACUUAUAAAGAUGUUGAAUAACAUUGGGCCCAAUACUGAUCCCUGGGGGACCCCACCAGUGACAGGUUGCCCCUUGGAAAAGGAGCUAUUUACCACCACCCUUUGGGUGCGGCCUGUCAGCCAGUUCCCCACCCACUGCACAGACCACUUGUCUAGGCCAUAACGCAUUCAUUUCUCCAGGAGGAGACCGUGGGGGACUGUAUCAAAGGCCUUGGAGAAGUCCAGGUAGUCAAUGUCCAUCGCCUGCCCCAUGUCAACCAGGCAAGUCACUUUGUCGUAGGAGGCCACCAGGUUUGUCAAGCACAAUCUGCCUUUAGUGAAGCCAUGUUGGCUUUUCCCAAUCACGUGCUUCAUUUGACUUGUGAUGGCCCCCAGGAGGAUUCGUUCCAUGACUUUCACAGGGAAUAAAGUAAGGCUGAUGGGCCUAUAGUUACCUGGAUCCUCCCUCAAGCCUUUCUUGUAGAUGGGGUAACAUUUACCUUCUUCCAGUCCUCUGGGACAUCCCCUGUUCUCCAUGACUUAUCGAAGAUAAUGGAGAGUGGCCUUGCAAUGGCAUCAGCCAUCUCUGUCACCACCCUCAGGUGGAUGGUGUCAGGGCCCAUUGAUUUGUAGGGGUCAAGCUCCUGUAGUAAUUCAUGUACUAACUCUUCCUUCACUGAUGGUGGGUCAGUGUUUGGAUCAACCGGCAAUUUCCUUCCCAAAGCCUGGGACCCAACAGUCCUGGUAAAGACAGAGGUGAAGGUGAUGUUGAGGACCUCUGCCUUUUCUGCAUCAUUGGUGAUUGACUCUCCUUUUCUGUUUAACAGUGGGCCUAUGUUUUCCUUCUUUUUCUCCUUAUGGUUGACAUGUCUGAAGAAACCUUUCUUGUUAUUGUUGACAUCUACAGCCAGUUUUGAUUCAAAUUGGGCUUUUGCUUUUCUAACUGCAUCUCUGCACGCUCUGGCAAUGCCCUUGUAGCUCUCAACAGAUAGUCCUCCACUUCUCCAUCUCUGGUGUGCUUCCCUUUUGGAUUUGAGUAGACCCAGGAGGUCAUGGUUGAGCCAAGGGGGCCUCUUGCUCUGCUUACUUCCCUUUCCUUUGCAGGGGAUAAAUUGGCUUUGUGCUUCCAAUAGAGAGUUCUUGAAGAGUUCCCAGCUCUCACUAGCUCCUUUGUCUUCCAUGGAAGCUUCCCAUCAAAUCCCUCCCAGCUGAGGGAUUCGAUCCUCUAUAUUCCAGGAACUUGGUGGAUGACAUGCGAGCUGCCGUAUCGUUCUUCUAGCAGAUGUCUGGGUAGUUGAAAUCACCCAUCAGGACCAGGUUCUGUUGGCCAGAAGCUUGCUUUAGUGCCCCAAAUAUCGCUUUGUCAGCUUCAUCAUCAUGGUUAGGAGGUCGCUAUCAGAUGCCCACUGUGAGGUCCUGCUUGGAGACAACCCCUUUGACUUUAACCCAGAGACAUUCGAUAGAGCAGUCACAAUCACCAUAGUUGACUUCGAUACAUUCAAGGUGUUCCUUGAUGUAGAGUGCAACUCCUCCACCUCUUCUACCCUGCCUGUCCUUACGAAAGGGCCUGUAACUGUCUAUUGCAGUCCCCCAGUCGUUUGAGGUGUCCCACCAUGUUUCAGUUACUCCUAUGAUGUCAUACCCUUCCGAGUGGGCACGGAGCGCCAGUUCCUCCUGUUUGUUGCCUAGACUGCGUGCAUUUGUGUACAUACACCUGAGGUGAUUACUCUUCUGUUUCACCUCUUGGGAAACAGCUAAGGAACCUCUGUCACCACACUGCUUGGCCUGACUUACUCCCCCGUUGGACAUGCUGGUGUGAGCAUUUUUGCAAUGGUUCCCAGCCCCCAAGUCCUUCAGUUUAAAGCCCACCUCACCAAGUCAGCCAGCCUACUGCUGAAGAUUCCCUUACCCCUUUUAGACAGAUGGAUCCCAUCUCUCCCCAGCAUGUUGUCAUCAUUGAAGAACACCCUGUUGUCAUAAAAGCCAAACCCCUCAUGGUGGCACCAGCCACGUAGCCAGGAGUUGAUAUACAUUAUGUGCCUGUUUCUGGCUGCUCCCUUCCCUCGAACUGGCAAAAUGGAAGAGAAGAUCACUUGGGUGCUAAUGUUUUUCACUGGUUUCAUACACUGUAAAUUUAGAUUUAUAUAGAAACUGAGACAUUCUCCAUAACACCAGAGGGUAGAAUGGAAUGUAUGAGAUGAUUAAAGCACCCAACAAGCCUGCUGAUAUAUUUUAUAUCUUCAUAAAAUUCCUCAUGUUAUCUGAGUACCUCUAUCUGACAACCAGACUCUGCAGACCCUCCAAGAGACCUCUGAAGACAGCCUGCUAUAUAUCUUCCCUGUAGUCACAGAGGAAUUUGAUAGCCCUCUAUCUGCAGAAUGACCUCUUUGCAGAUUUUUUGUUCUUCAAGUUAUGUACUGAAAAAAAGUCUCUUAAUCUAGAGGCUUUCUCCUUCAUCCUUUGUUAUAACCAACCAAUUAUAACAGAACCAAAGGCAGCAGCUAUGGUAUAUGCUUAUAUAUGUAUUAGAAUAGCCAUGUAUUUAGGACUUUUUUCUAAAUCUACAGCAAUGAAAUAACAGCACAACAUUUACAUAUAUUCAAAUAUUUAACAGAGCUGGUAAACAAGUUUGCCAGCAAAGAUGCAGUUUUAAUUUGAUACAAGAAUAGGUGAUAUAGUUGCAGCUACAGAUACCAUUUCCUAGGGCUGGUCCAGAGAAGACUGUGAAAUCCACAGCUGUUGAAACCUUUCAAUUCAUGAGAACACUACCUGCAAGAGAGAGGGAUGGUGGUAAGGCUCUCUACUGGUUGCUCUCUACUGGGAAGCACAAAUGGGUUUGUGCUGACUGAGCAGAGCUUCCAGGAAAAGCAAUUCUCUCGUGAUAACGUGAGCCUUGCCAGGGCCCACCAGAGUCCCUUAUUCACUUAGAAGGAAAUCUUCUGCUUCUCUUUUCCCAGUCCCACCACCUGCAUACCCAAUUCUUGUCACAAGGAUAACAGCCACCCCACUGCAGAGGACUGACCUCCACCAGCUGGGACGUCUGGAGGGUUAGGGGACUGUAAGGAUGUGAGAUACUGCACAGCAUCAUAAAUCUUGCAGUUUGGGAGGCCAAGAGAGUAUCUCAGCAAAGGCCCUCAGAUUUAUCUGGACCAGCCACAGCUCUGUAAUUGCCGAGUGCAUAUGAGAAAAAAAGUGUAUGUUUUAAACACAUCAGCAAAUUAAAAAGAUACAGUUCCCACUCUCUAGGCUCAGCCAGGAGAAAAAGAUAAAACAUUUCUCAGACAGAAUAAAGUGCAUUUGCCUCUUU